AUGGCUGCCGGUUGGUCGUCAUUGAUUUUUGUUACCGCUAUUGACGCCAUGUAAUUUUUCACUGAAAACGUAAAAAAACUGUGAAUUUUCUUGUGGAAAUGGUAAUAUAGUGUGUUAAAGAUGGAAUUUAACGAGAUUGUGGUGAAGGAGAGCCCCGGGCUUUGCCGGUGCUGUCUAUCGGAAGGCUGUUACAAAGACUUGGGCACAGAAUACACUUGGAUGAAUGAAACUGAAGUCUAUGCUGACAUGCUUCUUGAAUGCUUCGAUAUUAGUAUCACCCAACACAAUGAUGGUCCAAACGGUCCGAACCGCCUCAUCUGCGAGGUAUGCAUCACCAGGCUGCGAGACGCAUGUAACUUCAAGAAGCAAGUCAUGGAUUCGGAGAAGAAAUUCAUUGAUAUGAUGGGCAGAGGAGAGUUUAGGCCUAAGAUGUUGAUCUAUCAAACUCAAAUGAAGUGUGAAGAUCAGGCCGUGGAACAGAUAGAGAAUGCCAAUGUGGAGUAUCUGGAAGACGAAAUCGAGUUUGGUGAUGAUGACUUGCUAAAAGACUCGGAAUCAGUGGAGGCCUCGGUAUCUGAUAUUACAGUAACAGCGUUACCUAUCAAAGGGAAAAGAGGCCGGCCCCGUAAGGCCACGCCCCUCAAACCGGAGAAACGGGCCAAAGUUGCCAAGGCCGAUGACAAGCCGAAAACUUCAAAAGCUGUUAGUAAAGAUUCAAACAAUAAGGAGAAAAAGCACAGUGAUAAUUUUCUAAGGAGAAGGAAUCUGGUAAUAUUGCUCAACAAUACCACUUUGGUACCGUUUAAAUGGCGGGGCAAAUACCUCUGUUUUUAUUGUGGCGACGAUACGUACUCCCACGAAAAUCUACGGAAACACACCAAAGAUCACGGACCUUGUAAUGACAAGGACAGAGCUAUCCGAUUAGUUAAAUCAUCAGAUAUAGAAAUCAAAAUCGAUGUCUCCGAUAUCACGUGUGAGAUUUGCAACGAAAGCUUCCCAAUUUUAGACGAAAUUAUCAACCAUUUGAUCAAAAAACAUGACCUACCAUACAACAAAGAAGUUGAAAUAUUCAUAUCCGCGUACAGAUUGGUCGAUCUCCAAUGUCUUGUUUGCGAUAAAAGCUUCAAUUACUUUCGGAAAUUAAUAAUUCAUAUGAACAAUCAGCAUCCGGAUAAUUGCUUUCCUUGUCCGCGUUGUGAACAGAAGUUCAAUAAAAAAAGGGAUCUGGGGUCCCAUAUGCGUUCUUACCACAAAGAGUCUUAUGAUUGCCACAAAUGCGAUGAUAAGUUCCCUUCGAGUUCGGCCUUGAAGAACCAUUUAUCCAAUUCUCAUUCAUGCACUUGUAACAUCUGUUUUAAGACAUUCUCGUCUGAGAGCAAGAGGUUGGCACACCUCAAAUCUGAACAUGAUAUGGAUCAAAACAAAUGCGGAUUUUGCGAUAAGGUGUUAACUACAAAACAGGCGUUUUUAAGACACGCCUCUAAGUGCAAGCUAAAUCCCAGUGAAGAUUCAAUAGUAAUUGAAGAUGAGGAUAAUAAGAUAACUGUAAAAGAAAUAAGGAUCAGUUUAGCUUGCAUCUUUAACAUGACUACGGCUUUACCGUUCAAGUACUAUAUGAAUAGGUUCCGAUGCUUCUACUGUCCAAAAGACUUUACCUUAAGCGACGAUUUGAAACACCAUACGAUAAUGGAACAUCCUGUUUGCGAUAUCAACUUCAAAGCAAUGAAAUUGAAGAAUAAAUACGACGGGGUUCUGAUCAAAAUUGAUAUUUCGAAACUGACUUGUAAGCUCUGCCUUGUUCCACUAAAAGAUUUGCCAGACUUGAUAUCGCAUUUGAGCAAAGAACAUAAAGCUAACUGCCACGCGUCUGUAGAAAAUAACAUGCAACCGUUCAAACUGAUUAAGGACGAUUACUCUUGUCCGAUUUGCGAUGAAAGUUUCAGAUAUUUUGGCGUUUUACUCAAGCAUGUUAGUGCUAGCCAUAAUAAUAAUAAGCACAUCUGCAUGUACUGCGGUAAAUCGUUCCGCACCGACCCCAAUCUUCGUGGACAUAUUGCUCGACGUCAUAAUAUGACAGAGAAGUUUGACUGUGAUAGUUGUGAACUCGUUUUUCAUAGUAAACCUGCGUUAAAGAAACAUCAGGGCACUGUACACGGAACUAAAGAUAUUAAAUGCAUCAAAUGCUCGGAGAAAUUCAUUUCCCAAUACGCCAUGCAACGCCAUUUGAUUAAUUCUCAUAGUACUGGGCAUAAAUGCACUUACUGCGAUAAACUUUUCACGAAAAAUUCCUUUAUGGUCAACCACGUUAGGAGAUCGCAUUUGAAAGAGAAGAAUGUAGAAUGUUCGGUGUGCUUCGAGAAGUUUUUCGACGGUGCGAGGCUGAAAAUGCAUAUGGUCAAACACGUUGGCGAGAGGAACUUUCAUUGUGAUAUUUGCGGCAAAAAGUUUCUAUGGAAACGCAACCUCAGAGGUCACAUGACCUCCCACAUUCGCACAGUCAACGCUCGCAACAUCACCUAACAUUUUCUGAUGAUUUUUUGUUACAUUUUUCUUGUUAUGUUUGGACAGUUUAUUAAUUGUUACGAUUUUAACUUAUUUAGGAGUAUUUCUGUUAUUUUACCUAUACGUUUCUUCCCUUCUAUGUCUUUUAAUGACAAUAAUUAUAUAGAAAAGAUGAAUGAUACAGAUAUUUAUACGUACGAGUUAACAUAACAAACGGCAUGUGCUUGUCGACGCGAACUAACCAAGUAUCCGAAAUGGGAGAUUGAAAUUAACAGCAGAUUUAUAGAGAAGAAACAUUUAUUUUCAGAUUGCCUACCAGGACGGUACGAAGGCUGUACCUCUGAGCGUCGACGUCAAAACUUGAAAAUACUCUUCAACCACACAACUAUAAUGCCAUUCAAAUGGAGAGGCAAAUAUCUUUGCUUUUACUGCGGCCAAAAUUAUACCGAAUACCCAGAGUUUCGGAAACAUACGAAAUCACAUGGCCUUUGUACCACAAAAGAUUAUUCACUCAAAAUCAUCAAAGGAAAUCACGUAGAAAUUAAGAUUGACGUCUCAGAAAUUGGUUGCGAGAUAUGCAAUGAACCGUUUAAUCGAUUCGAAGAAAUAAUCGAUCAUUUGAUAGUUAAACAUGACUUUGAUUACAAUAAAAACAUCGAUAUACCAUUCCAAGAGUAUCGAUUAGUAGAUUUUCGGUGUCUGCAUUGUGAGGAACAGUUUUCUUACUUCGGAUACUUGGUUAAACAUGUAAAUACAGCUCAUCCGCAAAAUUGCUUCAUCUGUGAUCAUUGUAGAGCCACUUUCAAUAAGAAAAGAGAUUUGGCUCUCCAUCUUAGGAAUUAUCAUCGCCAAGGAGGUUAUCCGUGCGAUUUAUGCCUAAAAAAUUUUGAAAAUUACAUUCAAUUGCGAAAACAUAAGAAUAACACCCAUUUUCGACAGUGCAAGAGCUGCGGGUCCUCUUUUGGAUCCCUCUCCCUUUUACAAAAGCAUAUACAGGUCGAUCAUUCUCAAAAUAGUCUAAAAUGCUCCUAUUGUUCCAAAGAAUUUCACACUACAUUAGGUUUGAAUCAACAUUUGAGCAAGUGCAAAGUAAAAAUGUUGUCCAAAGUUGAGCCUCAGGUGUCCAACGAUACUCUAGCGGAACCAGUUAAAAAGCAGAACGUUCUACAAAUCAGACAAAAUAUACAGUGCGUAUUAAACAUGUCGACAGCGGUGCCUUUCAAAUUCUUCGCCAAAUAUUUCUGUUUUUAUUGUUCGAAAAAAUUCGUUGAAUUUGAUGAAUUAAAGACUCAUACUAAUUUAGAACACCCAGUUUGCGAAUUGAAGUCUAAAAGCAUGAAGAAAUGUAAGGGGGAACGGACUACAGUCAAAAUUGAUAUAUCGACGUUAGCUUGUAAGCUGUGCUGCAUCCCAAUGUCUAAUUUGGACGAUUUGAUAAGCCAUUUAAUUGCAGAACAUAAAGCGAAUUACGAUACGUCAAUAAAAGGCUGUUUGGAACCUUUUAGGGUCAUAAAGGACAAUAUGCCCUGCCCAAUAUGUCCUAAUACAGUUUUUAGGUAUUUCGGUAUACUUCUAAGACAUAUGAAUUCGGAACAUAGCAAUAAUAAUAGGAUAUGCGAUUUUUGCGGUCGCAGUUUUCGGAACGCUGCCAAUUUAAAGGUGCAUAUAACAUAUGCGCAUACUGGAUCAUGCGAAUGUGAUAUCUGUGGGGUCAAAUACAAAAAUCAAUGGUGUUUAGGUCGACACAGAGCUAAAACUCACGACGCUAAAGACUAUAAGUGUCCAAAGUGUCCGGAACAGUUCCAAUCUCAGUAUCAUAAGCAAAAGCACUUGAUCAAAAUCCAUAAUGUCGGCCAUAAAUGCAGUUAUUGUGGGAAGAUGUUCACUAGGAACUCUUUUAUGAAGGAUCAUGUAAGGAGGACGCAUUUGAAAGAAAAAAAUAUUCCAUGCUCCAUAUGCAAUGAGAAGUUUUUCGAUAAUUAUCUAUUGAGGAUGCAUAUGGUAAAACAUGAGGGGGAUAGAAAAUUUAACUGUACAGUUUGCGGUAAAGCCUUUUUAAGAAAGAGUAAUUUGAGUUCGCAUAUGGAGAUGCAUAAGAAAUAUGGCCAUAUACCGUUGCAAAUAUAGUGUUUACAGUCCUACUUUAUUAUUGAUCUACUUCGACGGGGUUUUACUAGCUUCUGGACGCCCUUUGGUCGAUGCGUGAUGUUUUAUAGCCUUAUAGCCUUCCUCGACUGGACU